AUGGACACAUUUGAGACAGCUUUAUUAACAAUAAUUUGGGCAAGAAUUUUGAAAAGAGUGAAUGCAACAAGCAAAACAUUAGAAACUGAGGACCUGAACGUGUCAUUUGGAGUCGAAUUAAUGACAUUUCCUUUGACCUUUGUUGGAGAAAUCAGGAAUAAGUUUGACGAAAUUAAAAUAGAAGCAAAAACUUUUUGUGAAGGCGAGAAUAUCUCAAACAUAUUUUUCAAAGAGCAAAGAAAAACAAUUUUUGAUGAAACAGGUGAAAGAGAAACAAUUUUAAAAGGAAAAGAUGUUAUUUGCGACAAUAUCUUUCAAAGAGAGUUGAAUGCUACAAAGAAGUAG